GUUCAAGACCAGUCAUAGAACCAUAGAAUGGUUUGGGUUGGAACGGACCUUAAACAUCAUCUAGAUCCACCUGCCCAUGUUACUGUAAAAUUUGGUGCUGAAAGAACCCUCUAACACUUGUCUUUAAGUUUUAGAAGGCAAGCAUUCCUUAUUGCAGUGCUGGAUGCAUGAGAGAUGGUUCUCAAAGUGGUGCAUGCCCUAAGUGACAACAGGCAAGACUUACAUUGUCCUAUGAGAUACAUAUGUAUCAGAUUUCCUGGAAAUCAUUAUAAUAUUUGCAUUCUCCUUAUGCAUGCACUUUAAGCUUCUUACGUGGGGGUCUUUGGUGGUCUGCUGGGGGAGUUGUUCUGAGGUGUCCUUUGGUUAAUCCCUUCUCUGACACAUGCAUAAUAUUGGGCAGCAAGUCUAGCUGGUCCUCCAGUUUCCAACUGCAAGGCCCCCAGUUCCUCAGGUUCGUUGUGAGUUUACCUGCAGAAGGGCUGCAGACUGCCCGGGUAAGCCCCGAUCAGCACCGGUUCUCUGAAGUGUCAGAAACGGCGUCUCUGGACUUGCACAGGCAGGGCUGGACUCGCAAGGUUCACCCUUCCCUCUGUCUACAGGAUGUGCCUGUGUUGCUGACUGAUUGUUUCGUAGCCAAUCAUUUACCCAAGAAUGUCGAUUUCACAAAGCACGUUGUUUCACAAGCAUCAUUUCAUUUCAGGAUCUUUCUACUAAAUAUACAAUAAAAUAACUAGCAAGCUAGCAUGCAGCAGUCAGAAAAUUAUGAUAUAAAUGUAUAAUUCCAGUAAAUAUCUACUAAGCUUAAUUCUAUCUUAAUCUAUUUUCGUUACAUCUAAUGACGUUCUGCAGCCAGCGCCCGGGGGCAGGGGCACCUCCCGCCGCGGCCGGCCCGGGGCUCCGCUCUCGGCUCCUUCAUGUUCAUCGCGGGGGCGCGUCCCUUGUCUCCAGAUGCUCGGCCUCGGCCACGCAGAGCUGGAAGACGCGUCAAAGUACAGUAUCAAGAACAUGUCACUCCAUUUUCACGCCGCCUGCCGCGCAGACCGCGGCAGCAGCGCUCCCCAGCGCUGCGCUCCGCCCUCAGGCCGCCGUCCCCUCUGGGAAGCGGUGCCGGACGCGGAGGCUGCUCGCGGUCUGGCGCAAAGGUGCUCUGGAAACACCGGCUCGUUACCAAAGAGCCGCCGUGCUCGGCGAGCGGCGGGAGGAGCCGCGCAGCAGCGCCCGCCCCCGCGGGCCCGUUCCGCUUCCGGCGGCGGCAUGAGCUGGGCGCUGGGCCGCGCGCGGGCGCGGCGCUGCCUGCGCCUGCUGGGGCCGCGGAGGGGGCUGGCGCGGCGGGGCCCCCCGGGCUCGGAUCCCGAGGACGGGGGGGCCCUCCCGUUCUCCGGCAGCAAGGCCAGCCCGCGCGUGUGGAGCGUCGGCCGGUCCAUGGGCAGCGACCACGAGCGGCCGUGGGCGAAGGUGCUGCCGCUCAGCCUGCUGUGCGCGGGGCUGCUGCUCUGGUGCGUGCUGAGGGAGAAAACGGAGGUGGACGAGCGGCUGGAAGCGGCGUUCUCCGGGCCGGUCGCGGGCUCCUCGGAGGCGGCCCCGGGAAGCAGCGCUGCCCUGCGGGGGCAGGACUAGGCGGGAGCGCGGCGGCCCCGGCAGCUGCCGAAGCCUGCGGCUCUCACCCGGCCGGAGGCUGCACGGACGCUUCCGUGGGAAAACUUGUUUUACCAGCCUGUCGGCAGCCUUAUCUUGGAAGCCGAUUCCUUCAUGUAUUCUGCUUUCUGUGCUGGUUUUGGCUUAGCAAUUUAUACUGCUGUUGCAAGGAGUAGUUCCUUCAUUGCACGUGAGGUAUGUACAGGAUGUAUCACAAAUCAGCUAGUAUCGGAAAAUACGUUUUAUACAACCCAUCUCUCUAUCAUGGAUUAUUUCUCUUACAUACACGGUUUACUAAAAUAUCAAAGCUGUAAGGCUAUAAAAUUGCUGCUGAACGUGACCUUCGUUUGACAUUUUGCUAGUCAUAGCGUUCAACUUAUUUUGAACACAGUUGUAAGUGUAUGACUUGUUAACAUGAUUCUUUGUGUUCUGAUUCUUUUAAAAAAUUCACUAAAUAACAUACAAAUUACCUUAUAAA